AUGGUGGAUUCUUCGGACUUCCUACCACCUGCACUACCAAAUCACCGGAAGAAGAGACUUAUAUUUCUGGUGGACAAAAGAGAGAAGAAGAAAGGAAUAGAAGUGGACAAAGAAACUAAGGAUUAUGCUAAAAUUAUUCCAAAAAUAAAACCUAAGUCUAGUAGUCUUUGGAUUACGUGUAAAGCUUUUGUUAAUACUUUUUCAGGUGGAAGUAGAGGCACUAGUGAUCCAAGGUCCCAAGCUAUCAACAGUAUUGAGCCAAGUGAAGAAGCUAGAAGCAUCAGUGCUAGUUUUAGGCCAAAAGAAACCCUCCCCAAUAAUGACAUGUUUAUUUGGAAUGAGCAACUCAGAGGAUUUUGUGGAGCAGUGCAUAAACAAUGCAGAGUGCUUGACAAUUGGAGUGAGAAAACAAAGCAAGAAGAAGAAUGAUCCCUCUUACCAAUUCUG